GGCGCAGCGGCGGGGCGGGCGCACGGACCGCGUUGGCGAGGACGGGCACCGGACGGGCGGGAUGCCGGCGGGGCUGGCCGGGCUGUGCGCGGAGCGGGCGGCCGGCGCGACCUGAGGCAGCGCCAGCAUGUCCCGCAAGAAGAGCCCCCGGGCCAAGGGCGGCAGCAGCGCCGCGCCCUCCUCCGCCCUGCCCGCCGCCCAGCAACGCGCCGCCGCCGCCGCCUCAGGCGGGCCGGGCCGGGGCGCGGGCGGGCCGGAGGGGGCGGCCAACGGGGGGGCGCUGCCCAGCCGGCCCUCGCUCAGCAGCAGCGGCGAGUUCCACGACGUCGUCUUCAAGGUGAUGCUAGUUGGUGACUCAGGAGUCGGCAAGACCUGUUUGCUGGUGCGCUUCAAGGACGGCGCUUUCUUGGCUGGGAGCUUCAUCUCGACGGUGGGGAUUGACUUCCGGAAUAAAGUCUUGAAUGUGGAUGGUGUCAAAGUAAAACUGCAGAUUUGGGACACUGCUGGCCAGGAGAGAUUCCGCAGUGUCACCCACGCUUACUACCGGGAUGCCCACGCUUUGCUGCUCCUCUACGAUGUCACAAACCGAGCCUCCUUCGACAACAUCCAGGCCUGGCUGACAGAAAUCCAUGAAUACGCAAAGCAAGACGUGGUCCUUAUGCUGCUGGGAAACAAAGUGGAUUCAACCCAGGACCGAGUGGUGAAAAGAGAAGACGGGGAGAAAUUAGCCAAGGAAUACGGGGUGCCCUUUAUGGAGACCAGCGCCAAGAGCGGAUUGAAUGUGGACUUAGCAUUCAUGGCCAUCGCCAAGGAGCUGAAACAUCGGUCCAUGAAGCUGCCCCACGAGCCACGGUUCAGACUCCACGACUAUGUCCGGAAGGAGGUGAAAGGCGCCGGCUGCUGCCGCUCAUAGACUCUCUCUCGGGGGUCCCGUCCAGACCCCCCUCUUCGAGGAGACUUGCCACAAGCAGCCCACCCUGCCUGCUGCAUCCGUGUCUGCCACUCUCGUUCUCCUCCUUCCUGCUGCACAAGCUCUACAAAUCUCUUCCUUGUGUCUUCUUGUCUUUGUCCAGGUGAAGCUUGGAAGGAUUGAAAGGGGGGGGAGCUUUUUUUCCUUCCCCAGGGCAGGCAGGUGGUUUUGCAAGAGAGAGCUGGGAUAGAAGCAGCAAAGGACAAUCUGAAUGUGGACGGGCCUUGGGGGUGGGGAGGGAGAGAUUUGCGCAGUCUCGGUGUUGAUGUCCUGUGUGAGUGCCUGCCAAAGGGAGUGGGGUCACAGGGGAGCAUAGGAAGGGCUCCCCUAAGACCUCACCAAGGAGGGCCCAGUUGCCGUGGGUGGACUUACGAGCGACCGUUGAUGUGGGACUUCAGCUCCACUUUCAUCAUUACUGCCUCAAUGGGUACCCAAAUAUGGGGGAUUCCACUGUUCUUUAUUUUUUAAUAGAACGAAUUUAAAUGUGUGCUAUUGCUGAGUUUUUCAAACACCCAAACUAGAUGACUCGUCUUGACUGUAGGUUGCUAGCCAGUCAUCCUGUUCCGCAGGGCAGAAUAAACCUGUUCCAUCUGC